GAUAAACCCUCUCAAAUCCUCGACCGGCAUCAUCGAUUUCACGUGAGCGAGUGAGUGAGUUCGUGUAAAUUUCACUAUUCUAAUUUUUCAAUUUAGGGUUUGUUCAUCAAUUCUGUAAAAUAAACAGUUUUGGGAAUAUUCAAAGGUUUAAUUCGAUUAGAGAUUAGAGAUUAGAGAAGAAAGAAAUUAAAAUGCAACAGCAGCAGAAGUACGGGUUACAGCUGAGGGUGAAACCGCAGCAGAAGACGAAAAAGCCCCCACUUCCUAGGCCCCAUUUAUUUGGGGAAGAUGAUGAUAAUGUUGAAAAGGAAAUUCAACGCCAUGCUUCCAAGAACAAGUCUCUCAAGGAUGUUGAGGAGAUGCAUAUGAAAGCAUUGGAAGAGGACCCUUCAGCUUUUGAUUAUGAUGGAGUUUAUGAUGACAUGAAGCACAAAGCUGCUCAGCCUCGUCUCCAAGAACGCCAAGAAAGAAAGCCUAAAUAUAUUGAAACGCUGAUGAGAAAGGCAGAAAUACGGCAGCGAGAACAUGAGAUUAUAUAUGACCGAAAACUUGCUAAAGAAAGAGCCAAGGAUGAUCACCUUUAUGGAGACAAAGACAAAUUUGUCACAAGUGCUUACAAAAGGAAGCUUGCAGAGCAGGCGAAGUGGAUGGAGGAAGAGCGCAUACGUGAACUUAAAGAGGAGAAGGAGGAUGUUACCAAGAAGAGUGAUUUGAGUGACUUCUAUUUCAAUCUUGGGAAAAAUGUUGCAUUUGGUGCAAAAGACUUGGAGGCAAAGAAGCAACAGAAAGAAUCUGAACUUAGGAAUUCAGAGAAACUUCAUGAUGAAGCCUCAGCCAGUACAGCAGACAAAUCUCAGUCUCUAGUGGACUCGAAAUUAGUUAAGGAAUCUCGUCGUGAUGAAAUUUCUCCUCCCCCCCUUCCUACCAAGAGGAAUAUUGAUUCCGUGGAUGUUAAGCCGGUUCCUGAGAAACAAGUUUUGGACAGUUCCGUGCAGGAAAAGGAUACAACUGAACAACCAAAGGUGGACCAUCAUAAAAGAGAUGACGAUGCAGUAGCUCGAGCGAAGGAACGGUUUUUGAUGAGGAAGAAGGCAAAGCAUCAGCUGUAAAUACCUGGGUUCUGCCUUUUAGUUGUGUGAUAUGGUGAAUCAUUAGGAAUUCUUUAUAGUGUAAUUUCACUUGUCCCUUUUUGCAA